CACAAACUCCAGUUUCCUCCCAUACAAAUGAGCAAACAACAAUUUAGAUAGAGAGAGAGAGAGUGAUAAUAUUAUAUUUGUAAAGAGCUAAGAGAGAGAGAGAGAGAGAGAGAAACACCAGUACUACUGUUGUAUACACCAUUCCUCUCUGUAGACUUUCUAUUCUCUCUCAUUGACUCGGAGGCACCUGAAGUCUCCGGAGUGUUUGGAGAUUUAGUCUAGAAAAAAAAACACAUAAAGAGGAGAGAGAGGGAAUGGGGAGGGGAAGAGUGCAACUGAAGAGGAUAGAGAACAAGAUAAACCGGCAGGUGACUUUCUCGAAACGGCGGUCCGGGCUUCUGAAGAAGGCGCACGAGAUCUCGGUGCUUUGCGAUGCGGAGGUGGCUCUCAUGAUCUUCUCCACCAAAGGCAAGCUCUUCGAGUACGCCACUGAUUCCUGCAUGGAAAGAAUCCUUGAACGAUAUGAGAGAUACUCAUAUGCUGAAAGGCAGCUUGUCGCAACUGAUCUUGAAUCACAGGGAAGCUGGACUCUAGAACAUGCAAAGCUCAAGGUCAGGUUGGAGGUUCUCCAAAAAAACCAAAGGCAUUUUAUGGGUGAAGACCUUGAUACCUUGAGUCUCAAAGAGCUUCAGAAUUUAGAGCACCAACUUGAGACUGCUCUGAAACAUAUAAGAUCAAAAAAGAACCAACUAAUGUUCGAAUCCAUCUCUGAGCUUCAAAAGAAGGAUAAAGCAUUGCAGGAGCAAAAUAACUUGCUUGCAAAGAAGAUUAAGCAAAUCGAGAAGGAGGAGGAGAAGGAAAAAGAGAUGGAACAAGCACAAAGGGCGCAAGUGGAGCAGGAAAACAAUGACCUGAAUUCAUCUUCUGUUCUGUCACAGCCAUUGCACUCCUUAAACAUCAGUGGCAUGUACCAGGCAGCUGCAGGCCAUGGAGACAAUGAUGAAACUCCACUUGAAAAUCAAAACAACCCAGUAAUGCCACCAUGGAUGGUUCGUCACAUCAAUGGUUAAAGGGAUGCAUGACUUUCUUCUACCUGCAGUUUUGAUGUCUCUCUUUAUAUACACAUGUGUGGGGAUGUGGUGGUUAUGGAACCCCUUUAUGUAGUCGAAUUCUGAAGAACUGUCUGCUUCAAAUUCAAGGGUACGGCAAAGUACUAUGUCUUUUGUGUAAUGGCUGUAGAGAUGGGAAACUCGUUUGGGAAUCUGAAGAACAAAAAUCAACCCAUCUCAAUGUAUCCUUAUAUGUAAAUAUGUUACUCAUAAUCGUAUGGGAGUGUGUUGAUUACUCUUUCUUCA